UUAAAGUGGAUUUACUUCAAUUUUAGUUUUUAUUACUUUUCAUCUGAGUGGAGAAACUGGAGUGACAGCAGACGAGACUGUGAACAGAGAGGAGCAAAACUGAUGAUUAUAAACAACGAAGAGGAACAAGAGUUUGUGCUGAAGGCAACAGCUGGUUAUUAUCAUUACUGGAUUGGUCUGAGUCAGGAGGGAGGGGUGUGGAAAUGGGUUGAUGAUACCAAACUAACAUUAAGUUUCUGGAUAAAUGGACAUCCCAGACACAGUGAGACAUGUGCUGCGACAUCUUCAUCAGAAUGGGUUAGUUAUUCAUGUAAUGGGAAUCAAAGAUGGAUCUGUGAGAAGAGAAUUUUACAAUCACUGAUUGGCAAAUUCAGCCAAAUAAACAACACUUUUCCAAUAAAAGAUUUAAUGGACUCUAUUCACACUUAACUUUCCCAUUUGACUCAAGGCUGCUCUUCAGUUUCCGGUACAGGAGAUUUAAAGCGGAGUGACGGCAGAAUUGUUAAAAUGUACUCGUUGUUUGCUGGAUUUACUCAAAUUUAGAAAGGUUGCAAGCUUUCUGUGUCAUCUUAUCUCUUUAAUCAUUGAGAUAUGUUCAGCUACCCUACUACCAGAGAUGUUUUUUUUACGAUUCGUCCAGCAGGCUAAUCACAUUUAUGUCUUUGUAAAUGGUAAAUGGACUGCAUUUAUAUAGCGCUUUUAACAGACCUAUGGCCAUCCAAAGCGCUUUACAAUUAGCCUCACAUUCACCCAUUCACACACUCAUUCAUACACCGAUGGCGGUGUCAGCCAUGCAAGGCGCCAGCCAGCUCAUCGGGAGCAGCUG